AUGGGGAAGAUUGAGGUUCACAGAUGCUCUGAUAAAGGCGACAGCGUUGGUGAAGGAAUAGGCAAGGGAGGGGGACUCGAUGGUGGAAUCGGUAAAGGUGGAGGAAUUGGAGGAGAUUUGGAUCUCAUUAAGGUUGCAAACAGUACCUGUUUACUAGCAUUUCUUGACCCUCUGAUAGGAUUUGGCUUCUCAGUUGACUCAUCUUCAUUUAAGCCCUUUCCGCCGACCACAGUGGAAAAACAAUUCAAAGAGAAGAAAUACAAGCAACCCAGUUCUCCUGGUGAAAGACAUGCUAAGCUUUUGAAUUCUAUUUUCAGUCAUGUAGAUUCUAAAAAGAAGAAAUCAAAAUCCACUACUCAAUCCGUACGGUCAUCUACGGGUUUACAACAUGAGUUAGUAGAUGAGAAUAGAAACAUAGAUUUAGCUUGGUUGGAUGAAAAAUUCAAAUUCUAUAAUGAGUUUUUAGAGAAAAGCAAGAAUUAUGGGUGUGGUUCUUUAGAGAAAGAUAGGACAUCAGAGAAGAUAUUGAGGAACUUUGUUGAAGAGGAUGAUGGAGGAGAGAGUGAGUCGAGCUCUGAUCUAUUUGAGCUUCAGAACCGUGACUUGGGAUUACUAUGCAGGUAG